CUCGCUCUCUUCACUAACAACAAAAAUACUAAAAUAGUCGUCUUCCCCACGAACAUUCUCGGCCCUUUCUUCUACACGCACCCACAAGCUUUUUCCAUACUCUCUCAGCCAUGACUGCUCUCACAUGUUCCGCCGCUGAUCUCCACUCUCUUCUUGCUGAAACAGCCAAUUCUUCUGCCGCCGCCGAUUACAUUUGUAAACGUUUCGAAGAUAUUUCCAACGAGUUUGUUGCUACCGCCUAUGCCGUCGAUAACACCUACCUUCUCUUUUCCGCCUACCUUGUAUUUGCGAUGCAGCUUGGCUUCGCUAUGCUCUGUGCUGGCUCUGUGCGAGCCAAGAACACCAUGAAUAUUAUGCUCACGAAUGUGCUUGACGCUUCGACUGGUGGCAUUUUCUAUUACCUUUUCGGAUUCGCCUUGUCUUAUGGUUCACCAUCAAAUGGGUUCAUUGGGCAACACUUUUUCGGCCUCGAAAAGUUCCCUUCGCCAUCUUUUGAUUACGGGUAUUUUCUCUACCAAUGGGCGUUUGCCAUCGCCGCCGCUGGAAUCACCAGCGGUUCCAUUGCGGAGAGAACCCAGUUCGUCGCCUAUUUGAUUUAUUCAUCAUUCUUAACAGGAUUGGUCUAUCCCAUAGUCUCUCACUGGUUCUGGUCUGCGGAUGGUUGGGGCAGCCCUUCUCGCUCUCACAAUCUCUUAUUUGGAUCCGGGGUCAUCGAUUUCGCAGGCUCCGGCGUCGUCCACUUGGUGGGCGCCGUCGCCGGCUUCUGGGGUGCCUUUAUCGAAGGCCCACGUAUAGGCAGAUUCGAUCACGAAGGAAAACCUGUGGCCAUGCGAGGGCACAGCGGAACCUUGGUUGUCCUUGGCACAUUCUUGUUAUGGUUUGGAUGGUACGGAUUCAACCCAGGAUCCUUCCUCACAAUCACGAAGACCUAUAACGCUUCAGGUUCAUACUACGGGCAAUGGAGUGCGAUCGGUAGAACAGCCGUGACCACAACACUGGCCGGUUGCGCGGCGGCGCUGACCACCCUGUUCGGCAAACGCCUUCUGAGUGGACACUGGAAUGUGACAGACGUGUGCAAUGGACUCCUGGGAGGAUUCGCAGCCAUAACCUCAGGUUGCUCCGUGGUUGACCCAUGGGCAGCAAUCUUGUGCGGGUUUGUGGCGGCUUGGGUGCUCAUUGGCUUCAACGUUGUAGCAGAAAAGUUGAAGUACGAUGAUCCAUUGGAGGCUGCACAGCUUCAUGGAGGUUGUGGGGCAUGGGGCAUAAUCUUCACAGCACUAUUUGCAAGAAAAGAGUAUGUGAACGAGGUAUAUCCAGGGGUUCCUGGUAGGCCAUAUGGUUUGUUGAUGGGAGGAGGAGGGAAGCUAUUGGGAGCACACGUUGUUCAGAUUUUGGUGAUCCUGGCUUGGGUUAGUGUUACUAUGGGAACGCUCUUCUUCUUGCUUCAUAAAUUGAAGCUUUUGAGGAUCUCACCCGAUGAGGAAAUGGCUGGAUUGGAUGUUACUAGCCAUGGUGGAUUGGCUUAUGUGUAUAAUAACGAGGAGAUGGAGCUUGCUCAAAAAAGCGCAUUUGGGGCCAUGAGGAUGGGAUCUUCCGCCGUUUAAUCUUUUUAUUUGGAAAACGUCUUUUACUUCGUUUCUCAAAAUUGGCAUAGUUUGUGACCAUAAGAUACUAGGCUACCACUUUCCGUCUUUCUCUUUUUUAGGUCAUGCGACUUUCUUUGAUGUUACAUUGUACAAGCUUGAUGAUGGCUCUUGGUGUCAUGAUUCUGUUUUGAGCCUAAGAUCUGACGGUUCUUCUUUACGCCACCAUAUGUUUGGCUAGAACAAAUCCGCUAAUGCCAUGUCUGGCUGGUGUGAAUUUUUCCCGGACACUUGGGAAUCCAACGAGGAUUUCUAUCCAAAUAUAUGGGGUUGGAC